GAUGUGUGCUCGUGGAGACGCAUCAGUCGCACGGCCUGGUACAAAGGAUAUCGCUCCCGCAGUGUGAGGACCAGCGAUUCCGGUGCGAAGCUUCGCCCAAGUGAUCUGCGUUCAGGACAGGUCGGGGUCUUCGAGGACGUCUGCCUGAUCAACGCACUCAGUUGCUUCGGCUACAAGAUCCCGUAUGUGGACCAUGGCCCCUUCUGGGCGCAAGCUGACGGUCACAAAACGCACCAGUGGGAGCCGGUUUGUUUGAACAGUGAUCGAGAAGCUGCGCUUCGAUGGUCCAAAAAGCACCGUCGCUUUCACCUCAACGUGAACAAGCUGGACGGUCUUUUUCAAGUACAGGCAGUACAAGGAAACGGAUCAACGAGUGCCGAUGAUCUCCAAGGUGGCGGUUCAAAGUUGCUCGCGAUGGUCUCCCAAGACAACUCCGUUCCCCAUGCUCCAGCUGAAGUCACUCACAUCCGUCCCAGCAAGGCUCUUCGAUGGCAGAGGAUCAACUCGAGGAACGAAGCCAAGAAAGGGGCACGCCGUUUGGACAUUGUGGAGGAUGAGGAAUUGAUGCCGCUUCAACACGAAACUGCCCGAGGCGAUGUCAAGGGGGCUGAGUUUGUACUGGUAAAACGACUUGUGUCGCAGAACGUAUUUCCUGAUCCUGAGUUCUUACACGCGCAGAGCAGUUGCAGGCUGUGGCUUUUCCUAUACAUCGAUUUGAUUCGCGUCCUCUUCCUGGCUCUUCACAUCAUGACCCGCCGCUUUUAUGCUUUUAAUUCAAAGCAUAGUAAAGAGAGCCCAUCGCAUAUGUGGACGGUGUACUCUUAUGAAACACAUGCAAGCAGAAUAGCCGUUCUUGGCGUUGGCGGGUUGGGCGAUCCUGUAGCCAGGAGAAGCGCAACGAACGAAGCCAACAAAUGGGCACAUCGCCUGGGCGUCGUCGGUGAUGAGCCCUGGAAAGCCAGCAUGCUGGCGCAGUUCCUGAAUGAUCUGAAGCAGCAUGGUGGAGAAGUCCCGGUUGCAAGUUUUCUGCGCUUCGUUGCUGACCGUGGCAUUGGAAGUGCCUGUGCCUAUCGGACAGAGUGGAGAAUAUAUGCUUCGGAAGAGUCUGUUGCAGGCUCUAUUGACUUUGUAGCACGUGAACCAGACGGUUCACUUGUCCUCUUCGACUGGAAACGUGCCCGCAACUUGAAGGACAAGCAUGCAUCAUUUGGCAAGUUCAUGAAGUCUCCACUUCAGCAUGUUCACGAUGCGUCCCUAUGGCACUAUCGUUUGCAGCUCAAUGUCUACAGAUGGAUAUUAGAGCAGUAUUACGAUGCUCAGGUGUCAGCGAUGUACGUUGUCUCAUUCCAUCCUGAGAACGCAAUCUUUGUAGACAAGGUUCCCGACACGCAAGGGGAAGCAAAUGCGAUUAUGACCCUUCAGCGGUGUCGCAACAGGGAAAGCGGUAAUCACGCCGAUUCCGAUCGUGUUGGCGGCUCGGAUCCUGAUGUUGUCUCAGACGAUGUAACAUUUUCACAGCGGGUGGAACAGGAGCUGGAGACUCAGGUCGCAACUCCGGCAGAAGCUCCGCCGUUUAAACGUUGCAAAGUCAACUCACAGGACCUAGGUGAAGGGUUGCUGCAUGUAGAUGAAACCAGGCUGAUGGAAGGAAUGGUCCUGGAUGUCUACCAAUGGAGAGAAGGCAACAUUCUCUUUGAGAUCUCAGAAGUGAAGAGCAUGGUCGCCUCGUCUCCUCAAUCCAGCUCAUGGCCUGAUUCAUUACAGCAUGUUGUACAGGGAGCUAUUUGUGUGCAUCGAUUGCGGCUAUUGGACAUCUCACGUCGAGAAGAAGUCUUUUUCCUAGAGCUAAUUGAAGGAGGCUCGCGACACGUAAGAGCCCACAAUGGCCAGUGCUUCUUUCUGAGUGAGCAUGGACACUGGGCUGUUUACAAUGGUGUGAUCCCCCAAGGAGUUCUGGCACGAUGCAAGAAAUUUCUACUUUAUCUUGAAGGCCUAUACAGACUCUUACCUGCUAGCACACUUCGCGUUCCAGAUGCCAUUAUCAACGCAGUAGCGGCUUUGUUACAUUGCCGUAAUGGCUCGGCAGAUCUGCUUCUUCAAGACUGCGAACGAGCUGCCAUCUGCGGUGGGCCCGCUAGUUCCAAACGGCGUCGAGGGAAUGCCGUCGCCCAGGAAGAUGCGUCUGAGGAGGAGAAGGAUGACAAGCCAUGGACCGAAGUCAUGGCGAGCACUGUCGGCAAACUCUACGUCAAACUGCAAAGUUCCCUGCUGCAAGAUCAUCUGAUCAAGUAUUAUGUGGAAUGGUGUCGCGUCGACGAUCCUCGGAAAUCUGGCUUUUGCGCCCAGGAUAUUUGUUUGGUGUUUGAUGAAGACAAAGGCCUGAAUCAGGUACGGAAGUCUGGCUCUAACAACAUAUACGUAUUUUUGCCGCAUCGUAUCUUGGAUCCUGUGUCUGCCGACGCCAAGAUGCGAGUGCACAAAUUUUGGCAGACAACAUACUGGAGCAACCGUCCUGCCUUCAAAUGCUUUAUGGCAGCCCUCACUUUAGCGAUACGCGGUGAGAAUGUCGAUCGCGCUUUUUGGGGCCUGGGUUCUGGCGGUGUUGGUCAAAGCCUACAAACUGCUCAUCUGGAAGCCAUCUUGGGCAGUUUUCAUUCAUGCUUGGAUAUGAAUAUCUAUUAUUCAGAUGAAGAAAUGCGCAAACAGGCUGCCUCUCUGCUAGGCAAACUUGUCGUGACGGGCCAGGAGUCUGUGCAGGGUAGCCGCAAGGGCAUGCGAGAAGACGUGUACAAGCAACACAUGUCUGCGGACAAGCUUCCGGAGCGCAUGCCCUAUGCCAUAGACACGCACUUGGUGGAACUCCGGGGUUGGAAGCGGUUCGAGUUCAACACGUUGCCAAGGUUCGUGGGUGUCAACGAGGAGACCUUCAACUCUAUGUUUCGACGAUCUUUGGCUGUUCGUUAUAAGGCUCGACAAAAAGUCCAGGAUGCCGAGAGCAAGGACAUCUUCCCGAAGGACCCGACGCUCAAGGAUUUCCUACGAUCGAAGCCGGCGUGUCUUGUGACUUUACGAACGCUGUGGCAGUUUGCACGUGACCACAGCGCUGCUGAUUGCAGAAGGUUCUUGGAGGAUUAUGUAGUCGGUGGCAAGGAUGAAGGCCUAACGGAGACCUGUGUGCGAGAAUCUUGUGGUCUGAAGGUUAAGAAACAAAUAGAGGAUCCACAAGCACUUCAACUUCGAACUCGCAGCACUGAAGAUACCAGUCAUCUCGAGCAGGAUGCCUCUGCAAAAGCUGCAAAGUUGGUUUUGCAGAAACAGAGCGAUGAAAUUGUCAGCUGGAUGAUAAAAGCCACGAAGGACUGGUGCACAGCCUAUCAAAUGAAACACUGUCAAGGAAAGCAUGUCUGGACUGGAUUCAGUCGUCAGGACGCGCGGAUCCAGUUCUGA